GAUUCCAAUCUGAAGAUUACUUUUCAUAAUUAUGAUAUCGGUUUCCAUAGGAGUACGGCUCAAAACAACGGCCACACCGUUCGUGUAUUUCUGCGGCCGAACCCCAAGAACCAGGAAAUGCCGUAUAUUUCCGGAGAAGCGGUUAAUAAUAAAGUAUAUAUUUUGGAUUCAUUUCACUUUCAUUGGGGUUUCGAUGAAUUUCAAGGUUCAGAACAUUCGGUCAAUAAUGUCUUCAGAUCUGCUGAGCUUCAUUUAGUGCAUUGGAACUCAAUUUAUGACAACAUGACAAACGCUAUUGAAAAGGAGGACGGGUUGGUUGUGGUCACCGUCUUCGUUGAGAGCAAACUCAUAACAGAUUUCGGUGUCAUUCAUGUCAAGUCACACAACCCCGUAAUGAGAGCUAUAAUCGAUGUUUUGCCACAAAUUCAUGAAUUCGGUUCAAACGUUCACCUCAAAGUGCCCAUACAUUUGAGGGAUUUAUUGCCCAAAGAUAAGGACUUGUUUUACAAAUACAUGGGUUCUCUCACGACUCCCCCCUGCUCUGAAAGUGCGGAAUUCAUCAUAUUUGUUGAUCCCAUUUAUAUCACCUCAAGUCAGGUACCCCUGUAUUCCAGUUAUUUGUCGCACAAUAGCCGCUAA